AUGAUGAUCAAUGUUGCUGGAGGACUUGAGCACGAUGUAUCUCUUGACGAGUGCAAGUGUUUCUGCGCGAACAGCAAGACUUCUCGCCGAUAUGCAUUUGAUUGCCUUUCCGCUACAUACUAUCAUGACGAACGCGACUGUAUCCUAAAUCUAGACGAUCGGAACAGAAGUCCUCAGCUUCUGGAGGAGCAGAAAGAAUUAUCCGUAACCUACAUCGGUCCCACAUGUGGAAGAGGUUCGUAUCUUGGUGAAGACAAGCUUUUUGUUGUUCUGCCCUCAAUUCCCUCACGGAAGCGCUCACAUUAACC